UGAACCUGCGCUACGCCUGGCAUCUGCCCGACAACCCCUUUGUCAUUUGUUAAAACCCCAACCAACAACCUCUGAAAUUGGUUUCUUCAUGAAUUCAAAACAUGCUUUGACCCUCCAUUAAGCCGUCUUUGCAAGUUGCCCACGCAUAAAACCGAAGCAGCUCAACAGUAAAAUUUGUGAACAAAGAUGAAGAUGCUGUAAUAUCCCCUGCAUGUUGACAAAAGUUUACAGUCAGCCACACAUCAGAUGGAGGAGGAUUGCUCCCAAUGGACUUGCAACAUGUGUGGGAAUACGGGAAUGGCCGAUGGAUCAGAUGGUUAUUUCUAUUGCUUGAGAUGUGGGUCUCAGGCUGAUGACAUCAUUGAUACGGGUGUUGCUGAUGAGGAUUUUAUUGAAAAGGGUACACAGGGUGGUGGUGCAGUUUACUUGGCCAGCCAUACUCGCCAUUCUCGCCAACCUGUCAUCUCAGCCCAACCGAUCUCACAUGUUGACCCCCAAUCUCAACAAUUUUGGUCCAAUUUGAAUCAAGAUGGAAUUGGAGAUGGUAUGGGGCCCUCGGGCACAAGUGAUUUUGGCUCAUACUCCAUGUGUACAUACAGUUAUGAAGGUUAUUACCAGGAGGUUAGGAACAGGUAUGUGAUGGGGUUGCAGAUGAUGAUAGAAGCUCAAUGUGAGGCUCUGGUGGAGAAGUUUAAUGUGAAACCUUUGAUUUGUGGGAUAGUUGGACCUAUUUGGUUGAGAUUUUUGGCUAGCACUGGGAUUUUUGAUGACGGUUGGGCUGAUGAGGCUAUUCAUCAGUCUGAGAUUCAAAAAUCAGGAGAAAUUGAAAAUUUUAAGCCAUAUUAUCGUCACAAAGCUGAGCCUCACAACAUCCACGGUCAGAGAGCAUUAAUGAUUUGGAAUAAGUAUUUAAGGAAAAAGAUUCCGUUAUCUUGUUCUUUAGCUAUUUCUUUUCUAGGAUGCCAUAUUGCAAGGGAAGCAGUUCUUCCAACAGACUUGAUAAAGUGGUCGGUUGAAGGGGAGCUUACCUAUUUUGAUGCUUUUGUUGAAAUUGAGAAACGCAUUGGACAGUCUUUGCCUCCAUUUCCUUUAACUCUUAGAAGUAUGUUUAGGCCUGCACAUGCUUAUUCUGCUCAACAGUUGGAAUCAUUGGCUGCUACAAUUGCUCAGGGCAUAGGCUUGAAUUUACCCCCAGUGAAUUUCUAUGAAAUUGCUUCAAGAUAUCUAAAGGAGUUGUCUAUUUCAGUGGAGGAAAUUCUGCCACGUGCAUGCCGCAUAUAUGAGUGGGCGAUGCCUCCAGAAUUAUGGUUGUCAGCAAAUAGUUCUGGACUUCCUACUCGUGUCAAUGUGAUGUCAAUACUGAUUGUAGCAAUACGGAUUCUAUAUGACAUAAAUGGACUUGGGGUGUGGGAAAAAAGCUUGUCCAGUCCUAAUCCUCCUAGUAGAUCUACUGAAGCCAUGAGUAAGGACCCUGCAAGUAGUCCCAGAAGGGGGGACGAUGCUGAAAAUAGUUUUGGUUCUCCUCACAGUGUAGAUGAUUUGGGUACUAGUUCUACUAAAAAUCCAUCAUCUGAUCAUGAAUCCAAGUUUGAUGCUGCUGGGCUUUUGCACAACCUUGAAGCAAGAUAUAAUGAGAUUUAUAACACAUAUGGUGGUGUUAAAUGUACAAGGGAUCUCUCUAAAAGCAUGCCAUCAUAUCUACAAUUCUGUAAGGAUGUGGUUUUUGCUGGAUCAGAACCGGCUGUAGACUUUUUUCACGAGGAGAAAACUUUAAUCGACAAGCUUUGGAAUUAUUAUCAAGAAGAAAAGGGUUCUCAACCGGUAGAAGGUUUGACAGAGCGAAAUAGCAGUGCCGACAUCAUGUAUAAAGCGAACAAAAAGGUCCGAGAUAAUGCAUAUCAUUCUAGUCCCUCCCAUGAUGGAAGGACUUCUCAUGAAGAUAUUUUGACUCAAAGACGCUCAGAUGUCGACAAUUCAUCCAUGACUUCAGAGGAGCAUGAAAAUCCAGAACCCAGUGACAAAGUUUCAGCAGAGACCAAUGAACAUAGAGCACUUAGAUUGAUGAAGAAAAACAUGGAGGAGAACAGGUUCUGUUAUAUCCCACCAAGGAUUAAGCUGAGGAGAUUAGAUUACCUUCAAUAUGUAAGGAAAAGAGAUGAAGGCGCCAUAACAUAUGUUGCUCAUGCUGAUUACUAUAUCCUACUCCGUGCUUGUGCCAUGGUUGCCGAGGUUGACAUGCGGAUUAUGCAUGUUGGGGUACUGGGUAUAGAGAGGAGAUUAGAUUGGAUGGAAAAAAGAAUCGAUCACUGCUUACAUCUAACUCCUAGUACUACUACAUGUAAAUUUUGUAGUGAUGAACCAGAGCAAGCUGCAGAUCAUACGAUUGAACUUUCAAAUCCGAAUGUAUUAUAAGUUUCUCCGGUUU